AUGAAUGAUAUCAAGGAUAUGGACGAGAAGAAGCCCUUUUUCGGCAACCAUUCCGAGGACAUACAGACCAAAUUGGACAAGAAGUUGGGUCCUGAGUAUAUCUCCAAAAGAGUUGGGUUUGGGACAAGUAGGAUCGCUUACAUCGAGGGUUGGAGGGUAAUCAAUCUAGCCAACCAAAUUUUUGGGUACAAUGGCUGGUCUACGGAGGUAAAGAGUGUGGUAAUUGAUUUCUUGGACGAGCGACAGGGCAGGUUCAGCAUAGGUUGCACGGCGAUCGUUCGUGUUACGUUGACUAGUGGAACUUAUAGGGAAGAUAUUGGCUAUGGUACCGUGGAGAACGAAAAAAGGAAGCCCGCUGCUUUUGAAAGGGCUAAGAAAUCCGCUGUUACAGAUGCUUUAAAAAGAUCUUUGAGAGGGUUUGGUAAUGCUCUGGGAAACUGUCUUUAUGAUAAGGAUUUCCUGGCAAAGAUUGACAAAGUUAAGUUCGAUCCACCGGAUUUUGACGAGAACAAUUUGUUCAGGCCCACCGACGAAAUCAGCGAAAGCUCAAGAUCGAAUACUUUGCAUGAAAAUCAUGAACAACAACAACAACAACAACAAUACCCAAAUAAAAGAAGACAAUUGACCAAAGUUACAAGCGCCGCUUCGGAUUCGACAAAAAAUCUGGUUAAACUGGAGAAUAUAACAAAUAAGAGCGCAUCUGCGACAGCUACUCCUACCGACACCAACAACAGUAGCAACAUUAGUAAGCACUCUGAUGCCUCCAAACAAGAUCAAGAUGAUCUACUGGAUGAUUCUCUUAUGUUUAGCGAUGAUUUUCAAGAUGACGACCUGAUAAAUAUGGGCAACGCAAAUAGUAAUGUUCUACCAGCAGAUACAGAUCUGAUGAUGGCUAAACAAAGCACAAAUCCUGACUCAAUUUUAGAAGCAGAAAAAAUUACCUUUGUCACAGCUAAGGCAGCAACUUCCGUACAGAAUGAACACCACAUUGGCGAAGAGAACAUCUUUGAUCCCAAGUAUCAAGCUCAAUCCAUCAGACAUACCAUCGAUCAGACUACGUCAAAACAUGUUCCAGCAAGCGUACUAAAGGAUAAAGCGACGGCUACUGCGAGGGAUUCUGUUUAUGAAAAGUUUGCACCGAAGGGAAGACAGCUAAACAUGAAGAAUAAUGACAAAGAAGUGGGGGCUACUGUGCAAGAAGGAGCUGAAAAUCAAGUUGCGCAUGAAAUCACCCCGAAGAAACCAAACACCACUACUGUUGCUUCUGCGAGUGCACCACAGUUUGCACCACCUUCCAAGGUUGUGCAUCCCAAUGGGAUUGGUGGUAUGGCUGCUCUUCCACCACAAAGAUCCACACGGAGGGAGGUUGGAAGACCGAAAAUCAAUCCACUGCAUACACGCAAGCCUAAUUGA